AUGGUUUCUGGCUGUUACGAUGUCCAUCACAUGACGGACAAAAGCUCAACACGGAGUCAUCAAGGUCGUAAGACGGUGAGCCGAGGCCUUCUUCGCACACUUCAACAGGCAAAAGGUCAAGGCAACCCUCCUGAGGUAUCAGGUGAGGCCAAUCUACGAAUUUCUUUAACCCGCUUUCUCAAACGAAAUGAAAGUGUCAUCGGAGCUCUAGGUGGAGUAUCUGGACGCACUUUGUUCUCUCAAGAUGCCUCCGAACUUAUUGACCGUUUCGGUUGGAAGACCGCUAGAGAUCUCUACUCAGCUUUAGAGGAGGAAAGGUGGCGAAUGUAA